GCCCUCUUAUGCACUCUUCAACAACUUCACGGAAUAUAUAGAGGAGGGCAGACAUGCUUUCUCCAGCAGCAUGAUGGGUCUCGGUUUUUAGGCGCAGUGUCAGGUAGACCGAUUAUGCGGCUAUACGGCGUCUGAAAUGUUUUGGUGGUGCUGGAGCAGCCAUUUAUAACAGAAGCUUGGAAGAUAUGAUGGUUCUUGUUUAGUGGUGCCCAGACCUGGAGGUCUACCCUAAUCUAACACACCUUUACAGUAUUAAAUAAUAGCUUUUAACGACAAAAGCUGACCCAACAUCAGCCUCUUAAGUCUGCUGUUUUGGCUCAGACUGUGUCCUAUGGUCUAUCAUGGAGGACCAAGCAUCAUCUCCGAGGUCUGCCUCCCCAUCUGAAGUCUCUCGAUGCUCCUCCAUUACAGCUCAGAACGCUGGGGUUGCUAACAUGCCCCAGGUGACUAGCUGUCAUAUUAAUUCUCUCAACAUGACUCUUGAAACACAUGUGCACUCAGCAGCAAAUGCUGAACCCACACAAAAGCAAGAUUCAGCCUUUGGCCCUAAUAUUGAGAAACUCAAAGAAAAACUGAAAGGUCGCUUGAAAGGGAAGUGUGAGAAGAUCUUUGAGGGAAUUGCAAAGAGAGGAAACCCAACUUUACUGAACAAUAUCUACACAAAGCUCUACAUCACAGAAGGAGAGCGGGGAGGACUGAAUAAGGAACAUGAGAUUUGGUAGAUUGACACAGCGUUGACGACACCUCCUGAACAGGACAUACCAGUCAGCUGCAAUGACAUAUUCAAACCCUUAAACAUGCAAGGUCUUGAAAGAGAAACAGAAGACAACAGGAAUAAAGGCUUUAUACUUUCAGAAUGUGGAAAAGGACAACCCAGAGUUGUGCUGACUAAGGGAAUCGCUGGCAUUGGAAAAACAGUCUCUGUGCAGAAGUUCAUUCUUGACUGGGCUGAAGGAAAAGCCAAUGAGGACAUUGAUCUUCUGUUGGUGCUGCCUUUCCGUGAGUUGAACUCAACUAAAGAUGAGGAACAGAGUCUCCAUGAGCUUCUGCUUACGUUUUUCUCCGAACUCAAAGAAUUUGAGGAUACAAAAUAUUACAAUGACUGUAAAAUUCUGUUCAUCUUUGAUGGUCUAGAUGAAAGUCAGCUUCCACUGGCUUUCAGACAGAGAAGAGUCUCUGACAUUUCCAAAGCAGCAUCGUUGGAUGAGCUGAUAACUAACCUCAUUGAUGGGAAUCUGCUUCCCUCUGCUUUGGUGUGGAUAACUUCUCGGCCGGCUGCGAUAGACAAGAUUCCUCCAGAUCUGAUCCAUCGUAUGACAGAAGUACGAGGAUUCACAGACUUACAGAAGGAGGAGUACUUCAAGAAGAGGAUCAGCGACCAGAGCUUGGCCAGUAGGAUCAUUUCACAUGUGAGGAAAUCAAGGACCCUUGAGAUCAUGUGCCAUAUACCGGUCUUCUGCUGGAUCACAGCUACAGUCCUGGAACAAAUGCUAAAGAGAGGCCAUGAAAAAAUCCCAUCAUCUCUCACUGAGCUGUACACCCGAUUCUUGCUCAUCCAAACAAGUAAAAAAAAGGAAAAGUAUCUUGGGGAAAGAGAAAGUGAUCCUCUGAAGCUCUCAGAUGAAGAUGUUCAGCUUAUUCUUAAACUUGGAAAACUGGCCUUCGACAAUCUGCAGAAGAGCAAUAUUGAGUUUUCAGAAUAUGAUAUGAAUGAGUAUGAUAUCGAUGUCACUGAGGCCUCAAUGAGGUCUGGAGUGUUUACUGAGAUCAUCAAAGAGGAGGAUCCAAUAUUUUCAGUGAAACAGUACAGCUUUGUCCACUUGAGCUUUCAAGAGUAUCUUGCAGCUUUCUUUGUCAUCCACACAAACGCUGUCACAGGAUUGAAUGCAAUGCAGUCCAGCCACAACAAAAAUUCCACAAAACAAUCAUUCAGGGAGAACGAUGAAGAUUCUGGCUAUCCACCGAAGGUUCCUCAGCAAGAAACAGCAUUGCAUAACUUUCAGAAAUGUGCCAUUGAUGAAGCUUUGAAGAGUGACAGUGGACAUUUGGAUCUGUUCCUUCGUUUCCUCCUUGGCCUCUCGCUGCACUCCAGCCAGAAGCUGCUGAAGUCAUUCUCGAUGUGUGUACACAAUGGGAAGAACAUUCAACAGACUAUUUGGUACCUCAAGAGCAAGCUCAGAGAAGAGGGUGACAGAAGGACUUUGUCCUCUGAAAGAUGCAUUAACCUCAUUCACUGUCUUCAGGAGCUCGAUGAUCACUCAAUGACAGAGGAGAUACAAAGGUUCUCACCCAUAAACAGACAGGCUGAAAACAAACAGUUAGCAGCAAAUGUCUUAGUGGAUGAGCUGGAAAAGACAGACCACGAUGAACACUUGAGACCUGAAGUGAAGCAUAUAAGAUUGGACCAUGGAGGACAUUCACAGGAAAAAUCAUGUGCUUCAAAAUAGUAGAGCUCAAUGUGAGUGAUGUACACAGAGAUCUAGCAUGUUCUCCAGGGUAAGAGGGUAAUUAAGCUUCCAGUGUCCUGCCAUUGAACACAGUGAAGAGCGGUCCCAGGUCCGUCAGACAAGGCUACACCUGAUGUCGAUGAUGUCCGCCAGGAGGAGAGGAGACGUCCUGCAGUAUAGAUUGGAAUCCAAUGACUCUCUGGACUCCACUUUCCAUAAUUCCCCUGAUCAACACAUCAUAGACACGUGCCCUUCAUCACCCAAACCUGGACAGUUUCAUUGAAUUCUGAUUCCUUCACCUGUGUUUGUUUGGCUAUGUCUGUAAAAAUACCCCUUUGUUUGUCAUGCCUGUUGCAAAGUAUUGCCAUCGUUGCAUACAGAGCGUCUUCUUGUUUCUGUCUUUAACGUGUUUUGACCUGUUGUUUAGUUCUUGCCCUUCUUUUUAGUCUAGCUGAUUCUUUGUAAUCUUGUUAUUGAUCUUAGUCUGUAUCUCGACUAUGUUUUUGCCUCGUCCAUCUAUCUGAUUAUCCUACUCACAGUUUAGAUCUGGCCUGAUUUUGGUUAUUUGACUUCAAACUGUCCUUUCAAUG